UUUUCGCUGUCAUUGCCAGAUGAUUCAUGAUUCAUUUCGAAAACGCUUUUUUUUCCAUGUAAAUAAGUUCGUAUUUUAUAUCACGUGUCAGCUUAUCGACUAGAUAGACCAUAUUGGUCACAGUCUGGUUGAUAAAGCUGUAUAAAAGUGUCAACACGGAGAGAAGAGGAGAAAAACGAAACCGUGUAGAACUUGAAAAAGAUUCACAUCCUAAUCAUUAUAGAGAAGAGACCUUUUUCAAGAGGGCGAAACGAGCAGCAAUGACAAUAAUUGGCAGUUUUUUACCGGACCAUGUUCCGUGGGAUGAGUACUGGCGUUCGCAGGGCGGCUAUCCUCCGCCGCGGAGGCCCGAGUUUGACAGAUGGCGGGAGGCUUCCAGUCCUGGCCCCAGGGCAGGCGCAGAUAUAGUGAUACCUAUAGAAAUAGUGGGAAGUCGCCCACAUUGCGAGCCUGUGUAUGUGGCUGAUGAAUACUCUGAUGAUGACCAGAAUCUUAACAACAGUAGUCAUAUGAUACUUCGUCAGCGACGAAGACAACAUGAAGGCCAUCAUCAGUCUAGUAAAAAAUCUCAACUUAGUGCUGCAUCAAUUAACUUGGAUGAUUAUGAGGAUGAUUGCACACAUAUUGAAAUACAGGAUUGCAAAGCUGGCACAGAGGCAAAAGAGCAAUCGUCAAGGCGUUUAUCAGUAGGUGAUGCAACAUCUAGCAAGCAGAUCUUCAUCGGUGAUGACAGUGAGGAAAGGGAGAUCAAUGGGACUGAUGGAUAUUCCGUGUAUACCUACCUCAAAGGAUUCCUUAGCAGCACAGGCAGACAGAUUGAUGCCAUCAAAGGAGAUGGCAAUUGCUUCUUUAGGGCUUUGAGUAAAAUCAUUUAUGGAAAUCAGAAAUAUUACAAUGAAAUACGUCAAGCUGUUGUCGAUGUGAUUCAAAAGCAUCCCAGAAAGUUUGAAGCAUUUGCUGAUGGACCAAUUUCUGAACAUAUUGCAGACAUGCGGCAUGAUAAAACUUGGGCAACACAGACUGAAAUCUAUGCAGCAGCUACACUGUUAAAUAGAGACAUCUACAUUCUGUCACCAGAUCAGACUGGUGAGACAUACCGUUGGUUGUUAUUUCAGCCUCAGGUGAAAUACAAUAACAAUCUGACUGGGUGUGACUGCUGCUUGACAAUUUGUCAUACGCAUGGCAAUCACUAUGAUAGGAUAGCUCCCCUUGUUGGCAAAUGUAACUGUGAACUUGGCCCUCCAGAAAUGUCAGGGAUUAAAGGGCAUGUUGAUCUUACUUAGUUUAAAUUAUUGUGAAAGGGCGUUCAAUCUUAGCUAAAUAAUUAUAGUAAUCAUGGCUUUUGUGAAUUGUAAUUGUUUUAAUGUGUUAAACAGUAACUGUCUGCUAUUGAAACAACAUUGUAAUUAUGAUAAUGUAAGCUGUAAUUUGUGUGCGAACAGUUUUAGUUAUUAGUUUGCCAUUUAUUACAUAAAUAUAACUAUGACAGAUGUCAUGUAUUGUUUAUUCCCUUUUAUUAUCUUAUAGCUUUAUUAAUUGAAUAAAUUGUUUCAUUUUA